AUGGCUCACGAAGGCAGCGCACAAACCGAACGCGAUCUCAUCCGAAAACGCGCGACAAUCAAAUCAAAAUUAACCGCAUUUACUAAGUUCAUCGAGUCUUGUCAAGAAUCGGAAGAUAUUCGGUUAGAUCAAGUAAAAUUACGUAUCGCGCGGCUCGAAAAGGAAUUCGACACAUUUGAUUCAGUCCAGCAAGCGUUAGAGUUAUCCGCAUCCGACAACGACUACGCAAUCAGACUCGGUGAAAGAACCGAGUUUGAAGAUCAAUAUUACGAAGCUCUAGCCAUCGCGACACGUAUCGUAAGGGAUCACGAUAAAACUCAUGGUCAGACAGGCGAACCGUCUCAAUCGGCCGCGAUAGUAGCGCAGGGACAAUCAAUGCAUCAAUUCGUACAACCUUCCGGUUCGAAUAAUGCAAUCCACAACAAUCAAUCUCGACUAACGAUUAUAUCAGACCAGCACGUAAAAUUACCGACCAUGCAUUUGCCAAAAUUCAGCGGCACCUACGAUGCAUGGCCUGGUUUCGCAGACGCAUUCAAAUCAGCGGUACAUGAUAACCCAACCUUCCGCGAUGUUCAAAAGCUCAUCUAUUUAAAGUCGUGCCUAACAGGCAAGGCGGCAGAAAAGGUCGAGUCAUUAGAAACCACCACGGCGAACUAUACCGUAGCUUGGAAUAUAAUAGAAAGAUACUACAACGAUCCAAGUAUCGUUAUAAACAAUCGCGUUCAAGCGUUCUUUGAGCUCCCUGCAUGCUCGCGAUUUAAUGUAGCGACGUUAGGCGAAUUAACCGAUACAGCCACUAAACACUAUAAUGCGUUAAAGGCGCUAAACAAGCCAUUUUUAGAGGCGUUUCCUAUUUACGCGAUUACCGCCAAACUCGACGAACAAACACGACUACGAUGGAAGGAGAGAACACAAGGAAUCGAUCUUCCAUCGAUGGAGGAUUUGUUAGACUUCUUACCCAAUCGACGUAGAGUCUUAGAAACCACGAAAAUCGAGCCACCAAGACCAAUAACACGUUCCAAUCAAGCAUAUGCGAAUCCCAAGUUACGUAACCGCGGAUCGACAAAUAUGAACGUACAAACGUUGGCACACCCUGCACAACAAGCUCGUUGCUUUAUGUACAAGGCAAAUCAUUUCACGCAAUAUUGCCAAAAAUUAACGAACGCGAACAUCGAUCAACGAGUGGAGAUGGUUCGGAAGGCUGGUCUAUGCAACAAUUGCCUACGAGCGAACCACGACAUUAAGGAUUGUACAGCGGGAUCUUGUAAGCGAUGUAAUGGAAAACACCAUACAUUGUUACACAUGGAGCAGCAGCCAGUGCGAGCGAACGUGUCCGCGUUAAGC